AUGUUUCCCACGGUGAGGGUGUCCUUCACGGGACUUCGGAGUGAGGACCGCUACCUGGUGCUGCUUGACGUAGUGCCCAUGGAUAACAAGAGAUACAGAUACGCGUACCAUCGGUCGUCAUGGCUGGUGGCAGGUAAGGCUGACCCGCCACCACCUUACCGCCUCUACGCCCACCCCGACUCUCCCUACUCCGGCGACCAACUCAAGAAGCAGAUCGUGUCUUUUGAGAAGGUCAAACUCACCAACAACGAGAUGGACAAACAUGGCCACAUCGUGUUGAACUCGAUGCACAGAUACCAGCCGAGAAUCCACCUGGUAAGACGACACGACUCUGGCCAGGGACCCGUGGCUGACCUCGACCUAGAAGACCACAAGACAUUCAUCUUCCCCGAGACCGUCUUCACCGCCGUCACCGCCUAUCAGAACCAACUGAUCCACAGCUCCAAGAUAGACAGUAACCCGUUUGCCAGGUUUAAGGACUCGUCUCGCUCUGACUUUGAGGUGUGGAUGACGUGGGAAAUAGUGUUCAAAGUAGAAUGUGAUGCAAAAACUGUCUUUGAAAUAGAAUGUGAAGCAAAAUCUCUCUUUAAAGUAGAAUGUGAAGCAAAAACUGUCUCUGAAGUAGAAUGUGAAGCAAAAUCUCUCUUUAAAGUAGAAUGUGAAGCAAAAACUGUCUCUGAAGUAGAAUGUGAAGCAAAAUCUCUCUUUAAAGUAGAAUGUGAAGCAAAAACUGUCUCUGAAGUAGAAUGUGAAGCAAAAUCUCUCUUUAAAGUAGAAUGUGAAGCAAAAUCUCUCUUUAAAGUAGAAUGUGAAGCAAAAACUGUCUCUGAAGUAGAAUGUGAAGCAAAAUCUCUCUUUAAAGUAGAAUGUGAAGCAAAAACUAAUAAACUGAUCGACAGUGACAUGACAUACUGGGAGACGAUGGAGAGCAUGUUGUCAGAGCACCCUUACUUCCGCACCGCCCUGGCGCCCUCCCUGGAGGCACACCAAAGCACCGCCUCGCCUCUCUCCCUGGAGGAGCGCGCUGUCCUCGCCGCCCGCGCCCACAUGUUCUUCCGUUCCUCACACACUUCUACACCCACCACCCCGACGACAUCCCUCGCCACCACUUCGUUAGCCCCACCUUCGUCUUCGUUCUCCACAGGCGGGCUGGGGACAGGACUUGGGCCGAGCUUGGGCUCGGGUCUGGGCGGUCUCGGAAACUUGCCUCCCGCCAUCUCCCAGCUGUACAACCUUGGGGCCGGGAGGGCGGCCACCACACCCUCGCCCGUCAACUUACCGCUGCAGCUGUGGUCACAGUGGGCAGCAUUGCACGGUCUCAACCAAGUGAAUGCCACGUUGCUGGCCCACCACGCCUCGCUCACAGCAGCUGCCGCCGCCCACAACUCCCCUACGGGCGUGGGACCUGUAUCGAGAGAGAGCGGAGCUACGUCCUCGCAGUCCAGCAGUACAGGUGGAGGUGAUGGCGGAGUGAGGCUGCCCCGGCCUGUCUAUCCUCCAUUAGCGCCUGGCUUACAUCGCUUCGCCCCUUACUUUCACCCAAAGGGCAGCGCCUCGCCCACACACCAGCGGCCGGGCUCUCCCGAUCCCCGACCUCCACCUGAAGGAUCGCCGGGCCAGCCAGCCUGAACCAGGCUAACCCGGACCGACGACCAACACCGGUCUCCGGACCCCGGUCCUCCCCUCAUCUCCUAUCGCCAAGUGGCCAGCAACACUUGGCCCCACCGUAGUAACGGUGCAAUGCCCAGCGGACACCCUGGUAAUGCCUUCCACCAUUACACAGGUCAUGGGCUUGACCGUGACACACAGCACCUACAAGUGACGGACACAACACCUGCCCAUGACAACCAUCAGCAACAAACAAUGGUUGUUGAACAUUCCAGGACCUCAACACUUCCGCAACAUUACAGCCAGACUGACAACAAUGUGGACAAACAUUGACCUUCAAGCAGGAUUCUAAGUGAACAGUCACUGAAGCACAUAGGAGUGUGAGUCAGUGAGUCAGGAAGCUAUAAGUAAGUGAUGUUUACAUAUUACAGCGGCUGUAUCAGUGCAGUGAGGGACCUCCUGCAAAUUUAUGUGUCAGAACGUAACAUCAUUUUUAGGUCCAGAACUUGAUGCGAGCAACUUAACUCAGCAGCCGAUACUACGGUGAAGACGGACUUGAUACAGUUAAUGGGAGGAUAGAAACCGAACCAAGUAACACACCAGGACCCGUAGAGUCUUCUGCCUCUACACUCUAUACCACCGCAUCUGCCGCAGGUCCGGGGACCAGGCAGGACAGACUCUCGCCUGCUCUUGACGGCUUCACCAGUGAAGUGUUCAGGUCACAAAGAUAUAACACACUGCACAAGACGGCAAACCUCAGACUAAUCAAUACAUGUGUAAAACAACAACAUAGAGUUAACUAGUUAUAAUACUGUACUUUGUGCCACAUUAAAAUUCACACAAAAAAACCAAACACGUCAGGAGUGAAUAAAACAGUUAGUGAGAUUUCUCACUGCCAAACUUACUUUGAAUCUAAAGUAUCAAAAAAUAUGUUGUGUAAAAAUUACAUAUUAACCCACAACUACGGCGCUCCUGUCCACCACAAUCCUCGCAACUGUAGAAUCUUAGUGAACAUAUAGCAGGUGGGGGAAGCUUUGGUGUAACAAUGUUAACUCCCAAACAAUAUAUUAUACGCGUUACGUUUUAGGUAUAAUUACUUACCUCUAUCACUUUGUUUUCCUAACUGUAUUAUUAUUAUUUUUUUUUAGCAACCAAAACCUUGUGUAAUAGUUUGGGCGGGAGAAAAUACUGCCAUUGGUAAAACUGCGAGUGUAAAUUAACCACACAGAUUUACCCUUAAACAUUGCCAAACACACUCAUGCCAAACACACUCAUGCCAAACACACUCAUGCCAAACAC